GUUAGAACCAACGGAAGUACGUUAAAACAAAGCCCGGACGGAACAUGAAAAUCCAAAACCGAAUUUCAUAACUGCCUUACGUCCGGCCAAUAUGGCUCGUCGCAGAGCUUAAAACAAUGUCACCGGUGGCGCCAGUACUCGGAGUGGCACUAGUGUCAGCAAAAGCACCUGAAACCCUAAUUCGGUGAACGAUUCUCUUCUUCACUCGUGUCGUUGACUCAGUGCAAGAAUUUAUUUAAUUGAUUGGGGGUGUAUAUGCGCAAAGAAAUGGAUUUGGUAUCAGACUGCAAGGGAAAAUUGGGAUCUUUUCGACUUAAGGAGCUUAAGGAUGUUCUCUCCCAGCUUGGUCUUUCAAAGCAAGGGAAGAAGCAGGCUCUUGUGAACAGAAUCUUAUCGUUACUUUCAGAUGAAGAAGUUUCCACUACAAAUGGUUCAGCAAAGAAAAACCUUAUUGGGAAGAAUGGAGUAGCAAAAAUAAUUGAUGAUGCUUACAGGAAAAUACGGAAUAUGGAGUUAGCUGAUUUGGCAGCCAAGGGACAGAGUGGUUUGGAUAUCAGCAGUCAUAAGCCUGAAGAAGAGUUUGAAAAAUCUAUCAAUUUGGAUGUGAAGAUUUGCUGCCCUUGUGGAAGUUCAUUGCCCACUGAGUCCAUGAUUCAGUGUGUGGAUCCAGGAUGUCAUGUGCAGCAACAUAUUGGCUGUGUUAUUAUUCCAGAUAAGACCAUGGAGGGCAUUCCACCAGUUCCCCCUUUAUUCUAUUGUGAAAUAUGCCGAAUUAAACGGGCUGAUCCUUUCUGGGUGACUGUCAGAAAUUUACUAUCUCCUGUGAAGUUGGUUGCUUCGAGUAUUCCAACUGAUGGUACGAAUCCAAUACAGAACGUGGAGAAAACAUUUGAACUUACAAGAGAUGAUAGAGAUUUGCUACAGAAUACUGAAUAUGACAUUCAGGCUUGGUGCAUACUUCUCAAUGAUAGUGUUUCAUUUAGGAUGCAGUGGCCACUGUAUGCGGAUUUACAGGUUAAUGGUUUGGCAGUUAGGGCAGUAAAUAGACCUGGAUCACAGUUGUUAGGUGCCAAUGGUCGUGAUGAUGGUGCAUUAAUCGCAUUAUACAUUGGGGACAGGAUUAAUAAGAUUUCCUUAUCAGGAUGUGAUGCUCGUGUUUUCUGCUUUGGUAUCAGACUUGUAAAGCAGCGUACUGUUCAACAGGUUCUCGACUUGAUUCCCAGAGAAGCAGAUGGCGAGCAUUUUGAGGAUGGACUUGCACGUGUUUGCCGUUGCAUCCAUGGUGGGGUUGCCGCAGAAAAUGAAGACACUGAUAGUGAUGUAGAAGUCAUCGCUGAUUCAAUUACGGUUAAUCUCCGCUGCCCUAUGAGUGGCUCUAGAAUGAAGGUGGCUGGUAGAUUCAAACCUUGUGCUCACAUGGGCUGUUUUGAUCUUGAUGUUUUUGUAGAGCUAAAUCAACGCUCUAGGAAGUGGCAAUGUCCCAUUUGCCUCAAGAACUACUCCUUGGAGGACAUCAUCAUUGACCCUUAUUUCAAUCGCAUUGUGACUAUGAUGAGGCACUGUGGAGAAGACAUAACAGAGAUUAAUGUAAAGCCUGAUGGUUCUUGGAGUGCAAAAACCAGGGGUGAAUACAGCGAUCUUGAGAAGUGGCAUUUCCCUGAUGGUUCUUUGUACAUUGCUAAAGAUGAAGCUACAUCAAAUUUGGAAUCCUUAAGGCAGAUAAAGCUGGAAGAUAAUAUCGAGGAACAUGGUAAUCUAGAAGUCGGUAUAAAGAAGAAUCACUGUGGGGUUAGAUUUACGGAACGUCAGCAUGUAGUCCUUUCCUACAGGAAUCAAAUGGAGGAAAAUUAUGAGAAGAGUGGCCUAAAUGUCAUAACAAUGUCCAGCAGUGCCACUGGAAGUGGCAAAGAUGAUGAAAACCCAAGUAUUAAUCAGGACUGUGGUGGGCAUAUUGAUAUCUCUAUCAAUGAUGGGAAUGAGAUCAUUUCAAUUCCCCAUGAUUCUCCCCCAGCUUUUGGAAUUCUAAAUGGUAGUUCUGGACUAGGGGAGGAUGCAGACAUCAUAGUACUUAGUGAUUCAGAAGAAGAGAAUGACCAUGUGCAUUCUCUGUCUGCCCUUCCCAGAAUUCCAGACUCAUAUGUGGAAGAUCCAGCUCCUAAUGUGAGUGUGAGUUCUUGUUUGGGUCUUUUUAAUGGCAGUGGCAGUGGCAGUGGCAAUGGCAGUGAGAUUGAAUUGUCUUCCUGGCCAUAUUCAUUGGGUCCUCAAGCAGGUCCUGCUUUCCAACUAUUUGGGCCAGAUUCAGAUGUCUCAGAUGCAUUUAUUGAUUUGGAGCAUACUUCAGUUUCUUUUCUAGCACAGAUGAAUGAUAAAGUACAAGCUUCAACGUCAAUUGCAAAUUCUGGUGUACAGGUUUUAAGUUCUUCUGUUUGCCAUACCAAUAAUGGAAUAGAAUCAGCCUUGGUUGAUAAUCCCUUGGCAUUUGUUGGCGAGGAGCCCUCAAUGCAAAAUUUCCUUCCAACUCAGCCAGCUGAUAUGUUGGAUCAGUCUAUUAUGGAACACCAGCCUCCUGGCAGUUACGAGGAUUGGAUAUCUCUUAGGGUUGGAAGCAAAGGUGAAAGUGUUCACGGUGAUUUUGGGGCUCAUGUGGUGGCUGCAGCUCCAAAUGGGCUAGAUUUGAUAAACCCUAAUGGAUCAAACGAAGCUGCUACAGAUACAGAUAUGAAUGAUGAGGCUAGGUCUAACAGGAUGAAUAUUAGGAAAUUUUCAGGCGGCCCUUUCUCCUUUCCUCGCCAGCCACGGACUGUGAGGCAAAGGACUUCUUUCUCCAUUGAAUCAGACUGAGUAGAUAAACUGGACCUUGGUUGAAGUUACAUAGAAGCAGUCUCUGGCUAUCUUGUUCAUUUUCAGUUGAUUGGAUUGAUCUCUCAUCUGCAUCAUAGUAUUACUGGCAGUUCAGGAACCAGUUUAUCUAUAGGUACCAUACAUUCUUUUCUUUUUCUUUCUUGGUAUCAUUUGCAGGUUUGACUUUGGAUAUUGUGGUAGGCCUCAACUUGCAACUUUUAGUAGAGCCCAUAUUUGUUUGUCUCCUUUGACCUACUAGAGUAAGCAACCUGUAAAUGUUUUAGCAUGCCAAGAUUCAUCCAUAAAUAGGAAGCGUUACAUUACAAAGUUGAUAAUUAUGCCAUACUAGCUCUUUUCAAAGUGUAAAUUUUGACUACUAAGAAAGAACUAGUUAGUUGUUCAUGCUUUUUGUUGAGUAGAAAUUUAUUAUUGGAGCUGAGUGGUCCUUGAAGGCAUGUGAUUUGUAUAAGCAAUGCUAUGCGAUCUUGUAUGUUAUAUGAUGAACAUGGUUUCUUGCUCGAAA